CGGAGGGAGGGCCGAUGCCGCCGCCGGCUCUUCCCGGUCGCGGGUUAUAUAGCGCGGAGUGUGGAGCCCUCUCAGAGGCGGCCGGGAGCGCUCCGACUUUCAAGCGGCGCUGUGCUGCGGAGCCCGGUGCCCGAGUGACAGCCGCGGGGAGUGCAGGGCAGGGGGACACGAGACCGCGGAGGCAGCUGCAAGCCGUUGCGGAGCGCUCGCCUGCGCCGAACGAGUCGCCCCUUCCAGGCGUUCCCGCUGCCCCGCACCCCACUCUCCCACCCUCUAGCAACUUGGGUUAAGUUGACAACUCCGCGGCGGCCGGCCGGCCAGUGCCGUCUCCGCUGUGCGCCCCUCCCCCGGGGUGAGAGGGAGCCGCAGCGCCGGCUCCGGGGGCGCUCGGGCGGUGGCAGCUUGGCCAUGAGAGCCACGCGCGCCGCCUAACUCGCGGCUGUCACCGCCGCUGCAGCGGGACCGGCCGGCGGGGCGGGCGCUCCGGGACGGGCGGGCGGCCGCCGGCAGGAGGCGCCGAGUCGGGUGGCUGCGGCGGCGGGCACAGCCCGGGGCCACCGCGACGAGCCCGAGCGGGAGUGGCGCCGCGCACUCUAGCCCGGCGGGCACCUCGGGGGCGGGCGCGGGGCGCUGCCUUCUGUCCCGGUCGCUCUGACAAGCGCCCCGGGGCCGGGAACCGGGCUGCGCGGCACGGGGUGGGCGCGGACGCGGGCGCGGGCGCUGGGCUCCUGCGGAGACCCGGCCGUCGCGAUGAACAUCGUGGUGGAGUUCUUCGUGGUCACUUUCAAAGUGCUCUGGGCGUUCGUGCUGGCCGCGGCGCGCUGGCUGGUGCGGCCCAAGGAGAAGAGCGUGGCGGGCCAGGUGUGCCUCAUUACGGGUGCCGGCAGCGGCCUGGGUCGCCUCUUCGCGCUCGAGUUCGCCCGGCGCCGGGCGCUGCUGGUGCUCUGGGACAUCAACACGCAGAGCAACGAGGAGACGGCGGGCAUGGUGCGCCACAUCUACCGCGACCUGGAGGCGGCGGACGCCGCGGCGCUGCAAGCUGGCAAUGGUGAGGAAGAAAUUCUGCCACACUGUAACUUGCAGGUUUUUACCUACACCUGUGAUGUGGGAAAGAGAGAGAAUGUCUACCUGACGGCGGAAAGGGUCCGCAAGGAGGUUGGCGAGGUCUCAGUCCUGGUCAAUAAUGCCGGCGUGGUCUCUGGGCAUCACCUGCUGGAGUGUCCUGAUGAGCUAAUCGAGAGAACCAUGAUGGUCAAUUGCCACGCGCACUUCUGGACCACUAAGGCUUUUCUUCCCACCAUGCUGGAGAUUAAUCAUGGUCAUAUUGUGACAGUUGCAAGUUCCUUGGGACUGUUCAGCACGGCUGGAGUUGAGGAUUACUGCGCCAGUAAGUUUGGAGUCGUGGGUUUUCAUGAGUCCCUGAGCCAUGAGUUAAAGGCUGCAGAAAAGGAUGGAAUUAAAACAACGCUGGUUUGCCCUUACCUCGUCGACACCGGCAUGUUCCGAGGCUGCCGUAUCAGGAAAGAAAUUGAGCCUUUUCUGCCCCCUCUGAAGCCCGAUUACUGUGUGAAGCAGGCCAUGAAGGCCAUCCUCACCGACCAGCCCAUGAUCUGUACCCCUCGCCUCAUGUACAUCGUGACUUUCAUGAAGAGCAUCCUGCCUUUCGAAGCAGUCGUGUGCAUGUAUCGGUUCCUAGGAGCGGACAAGUGUAUGUACCCCUUCAUCGCUCAAAGGAAACAAGCCACAAACAAUAACGAAGCAAAAAACGGCAUCUGAGGCUCAUUUUUGUAUGGAAUAUGGAAGACGAUCUACUGGAAGACGACUAAGAUAUCUCAGUCCGACCGACAUCAGCAUGACUGAUGUUCUCUGGAUUCUAAAUCUGCAUCGACUUUCUCUUUUUUUUUUAAUCAACUUUUUAAAAAAUAAUAAUAAAGUGUAAAUUAAC